GGUAACCACGGUGCACCAGAGGAGUAAGUCAGAGAGAAUACCCAGGCUGUUGGAGAAGCAGCAAUACCGACUGCCCCAUCGAACAAACGGAGCGAGCGUGUUGAUGAGGCUAGAAACGGGCAGGCAACUUCUAAGCAACAAACUACGCUACUAGAGUUUCCUCUGACUUCCUCUGUCAUUAUUGAGACAAUGAGCUGCAGCAGUGUAACAGGUUCAGAGUUUUCUGAGGAAGAGCUCGAGAUCGGCAUGCUGGGACAAGGUGAUGAUGAUGGAAGUGUCAAACCAUCUUUCCAAGACAGCCCCAGUGACCCUGAGGAGAGCCAGAACAAGAAGCGCAACCGACCUGUCCGUUCAAAGGCUCGGCGAAUGGCUGCUAAUGUGCGUGAGCGAAAGCGCAUAAUGGAUUACAACCAAGCCUUCAAUGCUCUUCGUGUUGCCCUAAACCAUGACCUGAGUGGCAAACGACUGUCUAAGAUUGCCACACUGCAGAGGGCGAUCAAUCACAUCUCUUCGCUCUCCGUAUUCCUGAGUUCAAACCCUCCCAAUAAGCCGUGCAGCCACCGGGAGUGCCACAGGUCAUCUGCAGGCUCAGCUGUGGUGGGAGUGUCUCGACUUGAGCAGACCAGAGUUGUUGUACCUCGCCUGGAGCAUCAAAGCUACGGCCCCUGGCAUACAUCUAUUUCUCAGAAGAUGCAGCAACAACAAGGGGCUCACCUGCACAGGUUAUCUCUGGAUCCACAUGUCUAUAUGGACAAAACAGUGACAUCAUGUCCACCUUCACCACACUACCCUUGUUGUCCACCUGAGGGACAUUUUUAUUCCUCUUACGGACACUGCAGCAGCCCCAAUGAUCAUCCACCCAGUCCACUGCGAUACCCUCAGAUGGGUGAUGGGUUGGGGUACCCGUCGGGAAUGUGGACACCCUGCCCUCAAGGAUACACGGACAGUUUACUAGAGCAAUCUCCUACUCUGGGGCUGCCAUGGCAGGUGAGCUACGUGCAGGAGCAAGAGCACAGCUUCCCUCUGUGCUCAGAUAUACUGUAACAGGCUAAAGUUCUGCCAUCAGCCCCAAGAACCGGACAGUAGCCACAGAUUUCCUGAUAUGAAACAACUGAGGAACCAAUUAAUUGAACACUUCUGACUGCAGUGGGAAAUGUAUUGUGGUCCAACAUUUCUAAAGUUCUAAUCUAAACCGUUAGCAAGUAUAUCUAAUAAAAAGGGUGGCCUUGUAUAUUCUAGUCAGAAUCAAUGUCAUCCUUUUGUGACUUAAAAUGUGAGUUAUAUUGCUUAAUGUAAGACCAUGAAAAUGAAGACAACUGCUUAUUUAGCGUUCAUUUAGUAUAAACUGUAUCUUUGAAACGGCAGCAUGUGACAAUGUAUUUAUUCUGUUAUUUUGCAUGGAAAAUACAUUAAAGUGUAUUUUACUUUUACAAAUAAUUCAUGCACCCUUUCCUAAUCUCUGAAUCUGUGUAAUUAAAUAUUUGAUCUAAAUGA